AUGGCUUCAAGCAUAAAAAGGGCGAAAAGGGGUAAAAUACUGUGUUGUGGAGGUCCUGGAUUGCGCAGUUGCACAAAUACCUAUCACGUUGAAGGGAUAUCAAUGCACAAGUUUCCCGAGAACGAGGAACAGCGGAAAAACUGGAUAAAACUCGUGCGAAGACAUCAGCCAAAUUUUGUUCCAAGCAAAUCGUCAGUUAUAUGUUCCACGUAUUUCGAGAAAUCUUGCUUCGCAACAAGGUAUCAUGUUGGGGUGCCUGACGAACUCAAACCAAAAGCUAGAUAUCUAACACCAGGGUCUGUUCCAACUAAAGAUACUGUCAUCCUGGAUGAAAUGCCAACUACUUCACGUGCUAAAAGAAGGAUAAUACGGCACCAGUUAUCACCGCUAUCGGGUGAUUCCAACCAAGACGAGGAAGAGCACACAACUUCAGAUGAAGAUGAAGCAGAUAAAAUUGAAUUAGAUGAAAUGCCUACACAAGAGACAGCAUGCGAAAGUCCGAUUCUUUCUGACAAUCCAAAUGAAGAGAGUUUUAUAUCCGAAGAUCAGGAAUUGCUUCGGUGCACCAAAUGUGAUCUGGAAAAAGAAAAACUAGAGAAUCUUCAGAGAAUCGUUGAAUCUUUGCGACAAGAGAUGUCCUCCAGUUCGUCUGAAGACGAGAGUAGAAGUAACUACGAUUCCGACGAAAACAAAACUGGUGAAGAUAUAGGCAUCUUGGAUGAGGCUUUGGAUGAUGAAGAUGGAUCACUGGCAAACAGCUCUGAAGGUGAAUUGAUCGAUAAUUUUAGAGAUCCAGAUUGGAAUGCCAAUAUGGAGGAUGAAGAAACAGACUCGUCAGCUGAUGAUGAGCUCGAAGACGAUGGAGAGGAAGUACGAGAGGGCACAUCACAAGAUGCAAG